CCAUUCGAGGCUUGUGUGUCGCUUUGUUCAUUCAUCUGAUGUCACUAUUCUGCUUCGCGCAACUUCCGCGGUCUCCUCUGUCAUGGAGCUGAAAUUUCUGAUCUUGGUGCUCGCCCUUCUCGCCGUUUACACCACGAAAUUCUCCGCUGACGCAGCCCCAGACUACUGUAACAAUAGUACGCAGGGUGUUUCGGCCACUUCACGAAUUAGGAAAAAUUUGCUCUGCAACUACGAUCGCACUGUUCGUGCCAGACUUUAUGAUGACAGAACCAGAGUCGCUCUCUCUCUGUUCCCAAAAUUCAUCAAUUUCGACGAAGAUUCAAAUACUAUGAUAUUUCACGCUUGGUUGGGAAUGUCAUGGCCAAGCCCAAAUCUGAUGUGGCGCGGUAACAACCCACGCCUACUUCACGUUACGAGCGACGAAAUUUGGGUCCCACCAAUAGCUCAUUACAACUCUGCGGGAGGGAGCAGGAGCCCCAAUGGAAUACCGAAAACUGACUGUUUUCUGAGUAACUAUGGGUACAUAGGUUGCGUAGCAGAUUUGAAGUACGUUUCUAAUUGCGUCACGGAUUACCGGAACUGGCCCUUCGACAGGCACAACUGUACAAUUGUUCUUGCUUCGUGGACUUACAAAGAGGAGGAAAUAAAGUACUUGGCUAUUGAUCACAAGCAUCACUUUCCGGCUAUAGGCAUGUUCGAUUUCACACCCAACGCCCAGUGGAAGAUGCUGUCGUUUCAGUACACUCAGAGAGAGGAUGGAAUCGCCGAGGGGUACACAUUUCCAACGAUCAUAUACACCGUCGUUAUUGAACGGAACUCAGCUUCCAUGGGAACCGCCAUUUUCGCUCCUGUAAUUCUGUUGGUCAUCCUGACGUUAACGGUGCUCUGGCUGGACCCAAUUUCCGUUGAGCGAUCGGUAGUGUCAGUCCUCAACUUGAUUUGCAAUUUAAUCUGUGUCAUGAACUUGAACGAGCAGGUCCCAUUCAACGGUUCGACGACACCCUCCAUAUUGGUAUUUCAUCAGGGUUCCAUAGUUAUUGCCAGCGUUGCUCUACUCCUCACGAUUCUUCUGCGCCAAAUGAAGAAAACGUCGGUUUCCCCUCCUGACUGGUUGACAUUCGCUAUCGCUUCAAUCCUGGCGAGCAGGGCUGGCCAAUUGAUCGUACUGACAACUUUGGACCCGAAAGCUGUUGCCACUGUCAGAGCAGACGAAGAUAAUAUUGGAUUGGCGACCUCGAAUGAUUCUUCGAUUAAAAUUGAGACCGGCAAUAAAGUUUGGCGGCAUUUAGCCGUUCUAUUAGACCGACUGGCUUUUGCCACUGUCUUACUUACAUAUCUCAUUAUGAUAACUGUUCUCAUACCUAGGAACGACGUUUUCGAGGUACCCGAUGUACCUUCACUUUAUUUCAUGCCUUAGCGAAGUACCUUGUUUUUUAUAAUAAGAUAGCAGCGAGUCAAACAGGUUUAAAUUUUCGCGACAAUAAACUUGAUCCGAAUAAUUUUCAAUCGACAUAAUUUCAUGAUAUUUAUAUUGGGUAUCGAAAAAAAAAUAUACCAUUUGAUUAUUUCUUUAAUUAGAUGUUAUGGAUGAUAAAAUAUUCAAGAUUUUCAAAUUUUUGCUCACGCAUUGCUGAAAUUGCCGUGACUCUGAGCCGACGAUAGGUGAUUUUAAAAAUCUAAUGAGAAGUGUAUAAAACAUUCACCACCUAAAGUCUAAGACCAACAAGCAUGAUUUUAAUCCUCGUAUUGGAAGAAAUGUUUCUAUACCGGACGAAUUGAUGCUUGCCAAUGCAAUACGUCGAGACUGGGAAUGUUUGUGAAGGUAAUCGUGAUGUAUUUAUUUGUCAGAAGAUUCUACAGACCAUCGAUCACAGAAUGUAAUUAAAAAAAAAAUACAUAGACAUGUAACAGCUGGUUCUGUACAAUUUACCAACGUCGUAUCGCCUUACGUAUCUUGAGAGAACUCUUGCAGAACGUUAAGAGUUAGAUUUAGCUUGUGCGAGGUGAUCAAUGGAAACGUUGACAAAUAAUCCAUUUAACGUUUUUCUUUGAUCUCAAAUGACCUACAUGUCCAGGAAUCUCUACAUAAAAACUUGAGGUCAAUAUCUGUUCUACAUAUCAAUGGAAACCACUGUGUCACUUGGAAAUGAUUAUUUCUUGUUUUUCAUCAACGUGUCGUUGUUUGUGAAAAGAGCUGUAAUAUGGUGUCCCAGCUUCAGAUUCAUAGACAUAAGCGCUGUUUGGCGUUACCGAUGAAGUGUAAGUACAACGUUAUUCUCGUUGAUAUUGACUAAAGAUUGCAUGUACCGAUAAA